AUGAGUGAUUCUAAGCAGCAGCUACUGUUCUUCGUCACACUUCCAGAUUUACAAAAGCUCUGUGCUGUCAGAUUCAUACUGAGUAAUGGUGUAACAGAUACUGAGAUGAGGAGUACACAAAUGAAGAUGUGCAGGCAGUUGCUGUUUUUGCAUCAGGAGAUUCUUACAUCACCUGUGCCAGGACUGUUAAACCAAAUUUGGGUGGUGAUGGCGAUAUCAUUUUAUAAAGCUGGAAAACUUAAUGCUUAUACUGAAAAAUAUGGAGCUAAGGUAGAGGCUCCACAAAGAGUAAUUCCUGUAAUUCUUCAAAACUGCCUUUCGUAUUCAUUGACUGCCAGACUUGCUCCAGCCUGGAAUAGAGCUGGACAUCUCUUGGUACAAGGAAGAGAUUUUCUUUCUCAGAUAGGAAAGCAAAGUGCUGUUGUGUUAGACAUCAAUGUAACAGAAACUCAAGUUUGUCUAAGUAUAGAAGCUUAUACAGUUAGACUGCCACCACCUGAGCUAGAAGAGUUUAAUAUUUCUCAGAGUAUUAUAAAAGACUUUCUUACUAACAAGAAUGCUGUCAUUGCAAGUCAUUCCAUCUUAAGCAGCUGGUGCUACAUUUUGCCAAGUAUGAAAAUGGGACAAAUAACAAAUAUUGUUCAUACCAUCCCCAUUGACUGUCCUUUGCACUCAUAUGAAGAUUUACGGAUGCACUGGGAUAACCUGUAUGGCUACAAACUUCCAGAAGAUUGUGGAAAUGUUAAGACAUACUGCAGCAUCUACUUCAAGAUGAUUGGAGAAAAGACUUUUACAUACCCUCUCAGUUGCAUCAGAAGCCAGCCCAUACAGUUCUUUCCAAGGGUAGACCUGGAAACUGUGUUGAAAAGUUUUCUUUCAGAUUUGAAAUCUAAACUGCCUCAUAUAUGUGGGUUUCCCAUAAAGAUGACCAAUAAACCAUGCUACUACACACAGGAACUAGUUAAACCUCAUUUACAGGAAAACAAAGUCAAGCCACCCAAUUUGACCACUAAAAGACUGUUCAGGACUUGUAUGACUCAAGCCACUUCCAGAACACCUGCCCUGGCUCCAAGUCUUCCACCAUGUUCGGUAGCAGUGGGCCACAAGGGGGCACUUUUGAGCAGUCAGCCAAAGCCAGGCAUUUUCCCAGCUUCACAUUCUCAGCCAGAGGCUGUUUCUGGGAGAAGGAUACCUGGGUCUAACCAGGUACCACAAGAACAUUUGGAAAUGUCAAAGCCCAGCAGAGAAAAUGCUCAAGCUAAUCACACCAAUCUCAGUUCCCCAAGUAAAAUCACCCCUAAAUUUGUGCCAAUUUUCAAAACCAAAUUGUUACAGACAAACAAAAACAAUUCAGCAUUUGGCAAACUGAAAGCAAAGCACACUGUUACAGAAUAUAAAUCAUUUUCAAUUAAAACUACCAUGAUCCAGGACAAUAAACUAAAUUUAGGUCCAGCUAUUAAAAAAGGAUCUAAUAGUAACAUUCAGAUGCAUGCAAGAAAUGUAAAUCAGAAGAGUUCCACACCUCAAGAGAAAGACACCAAGUCCCUAAAGAUGACCAAGUAUUCUUUUUCUAAUGGAAAAUCAAGUGUUCAUUUAAAUCAAAGUAAGCAGCCACCUAGUCAUGCAGCAUUUCAAAUAUCAAGUAAUUUAGGGGUGGUAAAAAGUGCUAUUAACUUCCCACUGAACGGAAAAGAAAAUGUAACAAGCAAACACACAGCACACAUCUUAGGGAAGGGCCAUGAGUCACUGAAGAUAAACAGACAACCACAUAUUUUUGAAUCAGACACAGAAACAGAUGAUUCACAGCUGCUACAUCAACAGUCAGCACAUCAACCUGAGGAUGUUGAUAGCAGACCAGUCCACAGGUCUAAAAGGAAAUUAUGUUUGCAAUCUUCAAAACCAUCCAAGAAGCAUCACUCUAAUGCUACCCAAUAUGGGCAGUCAAGUUCUUCUAGGAAACAGAUGCAUGAGUUGGAUAAAUCAAAACCUAAGAAAUCUCUCAUCAUUCCUAAAGCUUAG